AUGGCAGUGCCACAUGUUUAUAUGCUUUUCUGUCAGCUGUACUUUUAUUGUUUGCUCUGUGAACUCUCUGGUAAUGUCAGACUUUCUCUGUUUGCUUCAGGAACCAAGAAGAAGACUAAGGUCAUCAAAAACAACCCCAACCCUGUUUGGAAUGAGGGCUUUGAGUGGGACCUGAAGGGGAUUCCUCUGGACUCUGGAGCAGAGCUGCACUGUGUCGUCAAAGACCAUGAAAAAAUGGGCAGGAACAGGUUUCUGGGUGAGUGUCGGUUGUCUCUCAGGGACGUCCUCAACUCUCCCAGCCUGGCCGCCUCCUUCACCGUCUCCCUGCUGGACACCAAGAGGAACAACACCGGGGCCACGCUGACCCUGCAGGUUUCCUACAUCCCUCCUCCAGGAUCAGCUCCCAUCUUCCAGCCUCCUCCUCAGCCUGAAGCUCUUCCCCACAGCAACCCCAGUGUGGAGCUGGACACCGUCACAAUGAUUUCUCUGGACACUCUGGGUGAGGAGGACACUGAGAGUAUGGUGAUGCUGGAGGCUGCAGAGGACCAGGGGGCCGAUGACGGACGCUCCAUGGUGAUCGUCGGCCCUCAGGGGCCCCCGGGCCAGGAGUCCCCCACCGCCCAGACGCCCAAACGCUCUCCUCCGUCCUACAACACCCACGGAGGGCUGAGGAAGAGGAAGAGGGGAGCCAGCAGUCAGCAGAAACAGCUGCCCAACAAAGCCCAGGACAUACAGAUCCGUGUUCGGGUCAUCGAGGGACGACAGUUGCCGGGCAUCAACAUCAAACCUGUCGUCAAGGUAACGGUGGGCGGGCAGACCAAGAGGACCCGCAUCAGAAAGGGCAACAACCCGGUGUUUGACGAGACGUUCUUCAUGAACUUCUUUGAGACGCCCUCAGAGCUGUUUGAUGAACCCAUCUUCAUCACUGUGUGCGACUCUCGUUCAUUGAGAACCGACGCUGUGAUCGGUGAAUUCAAGCUGGACGUAGGAACCGUCUACAGUGAGCACAGACACUGCUUCUUGAGGAAAUGGCUGCUGCUGUGCGACCCUGAUGACCUCUCUGCAGGCGUCAAAGGUUACCUGAAGGUCAGCCUGUUCGUGUUGGCAGCUGGAGACGAGCCGCCGGCUGACAAACGUGAGUGUGUGGAGGACAAGGAGGACAUAGAAGGAAACCUGCUGAGGCCGGCCGGUCUGUCUCUGAGAGGAGCAACAUUCACACUGAGGAUCUUCAGAGCAGAAGACCUGCCACAGAUGGACGACGCCUUCAUGGACGGGAUGCGACAGAUUCUCGGGUUCGACAGCAACAGGAAGAACUUGGUGGAUCCGAUGGUGGAGAUACACUUCGCUGGAAAAACGGUCUGCACUAAGAUCAUGGAGAAGAAUGCAAACCCUCAGUGGAACCAGAGCCUGGCCAUGCCCAUCAGAUUCCCCUCCAUGUGUGAGAAGAUGAGGAUCAGAAUUGUGGACUGGGACAGAGCCAGUCACAACGACGUCAUUGGCACCACCCACCUCUGUAUGUCCAAGAUCUCGGCUCCUGGAGGGGAGAUCGAUGAUGACUUGACUCCUCGGACCGUCCAGCCUGGCAUUGAUGACAGUCUGGGUUUCCUUCCAACGUUCGGUCCAUGUUUUGUCAACCUGUACGGCAGCCCCAGAGAGUUCACCGCCUUCAAUGACCCCCAUGAGGCUCUGAACCUGGGAAAAGGCGAGGGCGUGGCCUACAGAGGUCGAGUUUUACUGGAACUAAGCACCAAACUGGUGGACAAACCGGAGCAGAGGACUGAAGACGUCCCUUCAGACGACCUGCUGGUGGUGGAGAAGUUCCUCCGGAAGAGGAAGUUCUCUCUGUUCGUGGCGUUCUACUCGGCCACGCUCCUCCAGGACGUGGACGACGCCAUCCAGUUUGAGGUCAGCAUCGGUAACUAUGGCAACAAGUUUGACUACACCUGCCUGCCUCUGGCCUCCACCACUCAGUUCAGCCGGGCGGUGUUUGACGGCUGCCACUACUACAACCUGCCGUGGGGAAACGUGAAGCCGGUGGUGGUUCUGUCCUCAGAGUGGGAAGACAUCAAGCCCAGGAUCGAGGCUCUGAACAUGCUGCUGGACAUCAUAGACAGACUGGAAGUGAAUCUGCAGCGAGUCCAGCUGCAGGUGAAGGCCGGCAGCGACCUGGAGGAGGUGGAGCUGAGAGUGGUGGAGCUGCUGGAUCAGGUCAUCACAGACUGCAGUCAGGAGCUUCCCUCCAUCGACCACUGGCAGUGUGCUACUCCUCUGGACCGCUCUCUCAGACACAUCCGGACGCUCCACCUGCAGCAGAUCGUGGCUCUGGCUCUGGCUCUGAAACACGGAGCAGAAACCGAGCUGUCCACGGUUUCUGGAGCAGGCUGAGGAUGGGCCAACCGGCUGAGGACCAUGUCUGAGGAGCCUCAGAACAGCCUCCCAGACAUCGUGAUCUGGAUGCUGCAGGGCGCGCGGGUGGCGUAUCACCGCAUCCCGGCUCACAGCGUCAUCUUCUCCCAGCAGCACUGUGGAAAACGCUGUGGACAGCUGCAGACCGUCUUCCUCAAGUAUCCACAGGGCAGUGGAGGAGAAGCUAAACUUCCUGCUCAGCUGAGGGUCAAAGUGUGGUUGGGACUGGCUGCUGACGUCAAACACUUCAACCAGUACGCUGAAGGAAAGCUGUCAGUGUUUGCUGAGACGUAUGAGAACCAGACCCGGCUCGCCCUGGUGGGCAGCUGGGGAACUACAGGUUUAACGUACCCCAAGUUCAGCGACGUGACCGGCCGAGUGAAGCUGACCAAAGAGAGCUUCAAACCUUCACCUGGAUGGACCUGGGCAGGAGACUGGUUCAUCAGCCCCGAGAAGACGCUGCUGUUUGACGUGGACGCCGGUCACAUGACCUUCACUGAGGAGGUGUUUGAGAACCAGAUGAGGUUACCUGGAGGACAGUGGAUCGGCAUGACUGAAGGCUACACAGACGUGAACGGGGAGAAGGCGGUUCCAAAGGACGAGGUGGAGUGUCCUCCAGGAUGGACGUGGGAGGAGGUGGAGUGGAGCGAAGACCUCAACAGGGCCGUGGACGAUCAAGGAUGGGAGUACGGCAUCACCAUCCCUCCAGACCGCCGGCCCAAAGCCUGGGUACCGGCCGAGAAGAUGUACCACACCAACCGCCGCAGACGCUGGAUCAGGAUGAGGAGACGGGACCAGCAGAAGAUGGAGGCUCUGAGGAAGCAGCGUCCAGACGAGGCAGAGAGGGAGGGCUGGGAGUACGCCUCGCUGUUUGGAUGGAAGUUCCACCUGAAGCCCAGGAAGACGGACAGCUUCAGGAGGAGACGGUGGAGGUGUCGCAUGGAGCCGCUGGAGAAGACCGGACCGGCGGCCAUCUUUGCUCUGGAGUGUUCUCUGAGCAGCAUCGAAGACAAGAAUGAUGAUAAGUCGGUCACCACCACGUUUGGAGUCAACAGACCAACCAUUUCCUGUUUCUUUGACCGUGGAAGCCGCUAUCACCUGCGCUGCUACCUGUACCAAGCCAGAGACCUGCUGGCCAUGGACAAAGACAGCUUCUCAGACCCGUACGCCAUCGUGUCCUUCCUCCACCAGUCCCAGAAGACGGUGACGGUCAGAAACACUCUGAAUCCCACCUGGGACCAGACGCUCAUCUUCUACGAGGUGGAGAUCUUUGGAGAUCCUGAGGACACGGUGGUGAAUCCUCCCAACGUGGUGGUGGAGCUCUACGACCAGGACUCAUACGGAGCAGAUGAGUUCAUGGGCCGCUGUGUCUGUCAGCCCUCCAUGGAUCCCUCUCCUCGUCUCUCCUGGUUUCACAUUCGCCAAGGACAGAAAAACGGUGGAGAGCUGCUGGCCGCCUUCCAGCUGAUCCGCAGAGAAAAGCCAGCAGUUCAUCAUAUUCCAGGCCAAGAGGGAGACAUCGUGACCACCGCUCACGUUCUAGACGAGUUGAUGUUUCCAGGAUUCCUCCCUGAAAACCUCCAGCAAUGGCCGGAGGAGUCGGACCUGCCGUACCCGCCCCCUCAGAGAGAACCCAACGUCUUCAUGGUUCCUCAGGGAAUCAAACCGGUUCUGCAGAGAACCGCCAUCGAGGUCCUGGCGUGGGGCGUCCGUAACCUGAAGAGCUUCCAGCUGGCCAGCGUUACAUCUCCCAGCCUGCAGGUGGAGUGUGGAGGCUCCAUGGUCCAGAGCUGUGUCAUCCGCAGCGUGAAGAAGAAGCCCAACUUUGACGUCAACACGCUGGUCCUUGAUGUGAGACUUCCCCGUGAGGAGCUCUACAUGCCGCCGAUCGUCAUCAAAGUCAUCGACAACCGUCAGUUUGGGAGGAAGCCGGUGGUCGGUCAGUGCACCAUCCGGUCUCUGGAGGAGUACCGACUCGAUCAGGAGGAGGAUCGAGCUGUGGAGGACGAGGAGGACGACGGGUGGAGACGUGAGACGCCCCAUCUGAUUUCAGGAGAAGUUUUUAUUGACAUCGAUGACGAGCAGCCGCUAGUGCCCGACCAGUUUGCAGAUGGAGAGACUUCAGCUAUCAUUAACCUUUCAGCCUCUAGUUCCAGCCUUCAUAUGCUGCCCUGGGGAGAAGACUUCAUGGACUGGUGGAGUAAAUUCUAUGCUUCGACUGGAGAGAAAAACAAGUGUGGGACCUACCUGGAGAGAGGCUUCGACACUCUGAAGAUCUAUGACCAGGAGUUGGAGAAGGUAGAGGACUUUGAAGGUCUUUCUGAUUUCUGCCAAACAUUCAAACUGUUCAGAGGAAAGACUCAGGAUGAAGGAGAAGAUCCCUCAGUGGUGGGAGAGUUCAAGGGUAUGUUUAAGAUCUACCCCCUGCCAGACGACCCCUCUGCCCCUACUCCACCCAGACAGUUCAGGAAACUUCCUCCAAACGGCAUCGAGGACUGUUUGGUCCGAGUCUACAUCAUCCAGGCUCACGGACUGCAGCCCAAAGACACCAAUGGGAAGUGUGACCCCUAUGUGAAGAUCAGUUUGGGGAAAAAGACCAUCAGUGACCAUGAAAACUACAUCCCCUGUACGCUGGACCCCGUCUUUGGAAAGCUGUUCGAGCUCACCUGUUCCCUCCCUCUGGAGAAGGACCUCCGGGUGAUGCUGUACGACCACGACAUGCUCACCAAAGACGAGAAGAUCGGAGAGACGCUGAUCGACCUGGAGAAUCGCUUCCUGUCCAGAUAUGGAGCCCUGUGUGGCCUGCCUCAGACCUACUGCAUAUCGGGGGUGAACCAGUGGAGGGAUCAGCUGACUCCCAGACAGCUGCUGUUCAGACUGUGUGAGAGACGAAACCUGAGGAAACCCGUCUUUGAAGAGGACUCGGUCCGAUUCAGAGGACAGCUGUACACCGCUGCAGACCUCGAGGACAAGAACGUGUCCAAACGUCACCUCGGUCCCCUUAAGGAGCGACUGGCGCUUCACAUCCUGAGGAACCAGGGAUUGGUAGCAGAACAUGUGGAGACCAGAGCUCUGUACAGCCCCCUGCAGCCGGACAUAGAGCAGGGCCGUCUGAUGAUGUGGGUGGACGUCUUCCCCAAGUCUCUGGGAGCGCCGGGACCCCCGUUCAACGUCACGCCUCGCAAGGCCAAGAAGUUCUUCCUGCGUUGCAUCAUCUGGAACACCAGUGAUGUCAUCCUGGAUGAUGUCAGCAUCAGCGGAGAGAAGAUGAGCGACAUCUACGUCAAAGGCUGGCUGGACGGACACGAACACAACAAGCAGAAGACGGACGUCCACUACCGGUCUCUGGGCGGAGACGGAAACUUCAACUACCGCUUCCUGUUUCCGUUCCUCUACCUUCCUGCUGAGCAGCUGAGUGUCGUCGACAGGAAGGAACAUUUCUGGAGUUUGGACAAAGCUGAGACUAAACUGGCUCCUAAACUGACCAUCCAGAUCUGGGACAACGACAAGUUCUCCUUCGACGACUACCUCGGUCACCUGGUGAUGGACCUGAACCACAUGCUGCGUCCCGCCAAGUCUCCAGAGAAAUGCAGCCUGCAGCUGCUGGAGCAGCCGGCCGACAGACUGGUGUCUCUGUUUGAGCAGAAGACGGUGAAAGGAUGGUGGCCGUGUGUCUGUGAGCACAACGGGGAGAAGAUCAUCGCUGGGAAGGUGGAGAUGUCUCUGGAGAUCGUGACGGAGCAGGAGCAGGAGGAGCGACCGGCCGGCCUCGGCAGAGACGAGCCCAACAUGAACCCUCACCUGGAGGAGCCUCAGCGUCCAGAGACGUCCUUCUUCUGGUUCUCCUCCCCCUACAAGACCCUCAAGUUCAUCCUGUGGAGGCGAUUCAAGUGGUUCAUCGUCCUCUUCAUCAUCCUCUUCCUCAUCCUCCUCUUCCUCGGCGUCUUCCUCUACGCCUUCCCGAACUACGCAGCCAUGAAGAUGGUGGGACCUUUUGGAGCUCCUAAAGCCGCUCAGUGAUGAAGACAGUGGAACCAACAGGAAGACAAACUCCAACAAACUGAGAGUUAAGAGUGAAGGUUUCUGACAGAGCAACGAGGCUGAUUUCAUUCUGUUUCCUUCUUUUCUGUCGUCCUCCAGUGAACUUUUGUGCAGAUUCACCCGAUCAUGUGAGUCCGUUUGUGCCUUUUGCCCUCAGAUUCACCGCUUUUCCACAGCUCCUAUCAGAUCUCAGCAGGUUCCGUCCUCGUCCUCCGCUUUCAUCUCCUGUCGGCCGUCAGGCAGAGAACAAGGAGAAUAAAAACCUGAGAAAAGCCGAAGCAGAAUCAGAGGUUGUGACGCCGAUGUUUCUUGAUCUUUUUGCCUCCUGCUGUUUCCCAGCGAGGAGCCGAGCCGAGUCAGACGGAUUCAAAACGUCAAACUUUAUCGCUCUGAAAAUCACGUCUGAGUGAAAGGAAGUUUCACCAGUUUGACAUCAUCACCACGUCUUCUGCCUUAAUCAUCUCUGUUAAAUGUUCAUAUCUCACAGGGUUUGGGUCACAUGAUGCCUUAGUUCAUUUUCUCAUGUUUUCCACUAGAUUUGAUUUCCUUUCCAUCUGAAUUUGCCUCCUUUUAUCGGGUCACUCCAACGCUUCGCCUAUAAAACCAAAAACUUGUUGUUCUUUUUACAUUUUGCAGCGUGGGGGGUGGUGGGAUUCAGUUCUACUCCUCUUCUUCCUUCCUUCCCCUUUUCGUCCUCCUGUUGCGUCUUUCCUUACCUUCUGUCCUCUUUUUCCUUCCUCCUCCUCAUCUUUCCUCCUCCAGCAGGUUAAGUCGGGGAUUUGCUUCUGUUGGUCUCAGAGCUGAAGCUUUAUUAGUCCAGAGCGUGUUCAGAGGAUGAUGGAGGCAGAUAAAGCGCUCUGUAGAUGUUUCUGCUGAUUGACUGAGCAGAACCAAACAUUUAUGGAUGAUGAAGAUGAACGGAGGAGAUCAGCAGAACGGUCAGAGCUCCUUCUGUUAUUUAUUUCUUUGUUGCACUGAGUUGAUCCCAUGUUCUCUGGGUUUGUUUUGGUUCAGAACAGAAUGGAAAAGUUGACCCGUUCGGUUGGUUUUGGGUUCACCGCGGCCGAUUACGAGCCGACCAGGCCUCGUAAACAGGCGUCACGUGGCCUCACAGGCAGCUCGUUUAGCGGAUGAAGUUCUGGUAACCUGUCGUCCUGCCGCUCACACAGAGUUUAACGUUUGUCAGAUCUGAGUGUCAGCGUCACUCAGCUCUUACUGCAGGAUUUAAUUCAAACUUUAGAUGUCUUCUGCCUGUAAGUUGUUGUGUUUUUGUGUGUUUUUGCCGAGUUCAGAGUAGAUUGUUGCCUGGAGGAGAGCAGACACGCCGACAGAGUUCUAAAUCCUUUAUGGAUAAGUGUGUCAGAGCUACCAGAGAAGCCCUAAUCACGUUGGUUUAGCCUCUGAGUCAGUUAAUAUUUAGUAUCUGCAGACACUGAGCCCCAACCUGACACCGUUUCUGAACAUUUGCACUAAAGCAGGUGAGGAAAUAGCAGCGCUGCCUUCCUGCAUCAUCCACAUCCUGAGCUACACUCUGACUGUCCUGUUUGCUGCUCAGAUGUUGUCCUUGUUUCCUGUAGUAAAGGUGGUUUUAGGGAAGGACAAAGUCAGCUGACCUGAGUGGCCAUUGGUGAGCUUCCACCCACCGUCUACAUCUGGUGAGUCCUACUCUUUGUUCUGAGGCUCCACAAGCUCCAAAACCAGAAUCUGUGCAUGAUGUCAGUAAAUGCAUCAUAGAUCAGCUGUAGCUGCUCUCUCUGAGCGCCGUUCUUCCACAUCUCUGAUUGUUUCACUAAAAGGCUGUAAAGUUGUGAAAUGUGUGCAUUCUUUCAGGGCUGAGACUUGUCUCUGUAGCAUCACAGAACACCAACAGAGCUCCAUGCGAAGUUCUUAAAGCAGGUAUUUGUCAGAGUGCAGCUUUAACGUCUAAACAACAUGAAAAUGUGUAAACUAAAUCUGGAUCCUUGGAGGUCUGCUGUUCAAUCUACCAAAGCUGCUGGUUAGACACGUCUUAAACUUGUUAACGUGUUUGAUCACGUCCAGUCAGUGCUUCAGUGUUUAAUGUAUUCAGCUGUUCUGGUUUGAUUCUCUGCUGUUCAGGUUGUCUUUAAACCUGUCUGACUUUAAAAGAACGGCUCUGAGGUUCUUCUCUAUGUUCAAACUGCUCAGACGGUGUGUUCAGGAACAUCCGGGCUAAUGUGGGUGUGAUAGAAACUGAUGAGAAAUGACAUAAAAAGUUCCAGAUUUCUGUUCAGAAGCGGACGAGAUGUGUUUAUUUCAGUUGUUCAGGAUGUUUUCCUGAACCGAGGAGAGUUUCAAAGACGUUUUUAAACUUUAAUUUAGACUCCUGAAAUAGCUUUAUAUCUAUAUAUAUGUAUGUAUGUGUUUGAAAGAGCUUUAAACCUGCUGCUGACGUAUAAAAGCCUCAAAAUGGAGAAACUUUAUUGAGACAAUCCUGCUGCCAGUUUACAGAUUGUGACGCCUUCAGAAGCCUUGUUUCUGCCUGAUCUUCCUCCUGUCAGUGAACGCAUCGUGCCUUCAGCCUUUAACUGCUGCCUCAGCGCUGACUAACAUCUGAUCGUGGUGAAGCUUCUGUGGGACAUUUUCAGUAUUAUUUCUACUAUUAUUCUUGGUUUUCAGCUUUUUCCAGGGAAAAAAGAGUAAAAUCAGCUCUGAAAUAUAAAAGUGAGGCAGAUCCUGCUUUACUCUGGACUUUUUUUUUGCUGCUUUAAGUUUCAGUCUCCUUUGAUGAUAACUGUCGGCUCUGUUUGUGUCGAUGCUUGUUGUUCUUUGGAACCCAAAACUAAGUUCUGUAGAAUAUUUAGAGAAUUUAAAUUUGAGCGUUCGACACUUUUUUCCAUUUUCAAAGACCAAUAAUUGGAAAUUUCUUCUGUUUGAUCCAUUAAAUCUUUCUGAUCUGCUUUAGAUGAUUCUGUCUGAGUUCUCACCACAUUUAAUGUCUGUUGGAGUUUUUUUCUGGAGAUAUUGAGCCUUAAAAAAUGUUUCUUUGAGGGUGAAAAUACAAAAAUCUGACAGAAUGAACUUCUUGAAAUUCAGCCAAUAAAAUUUUACAGAAACUAGUUUUCGGUUCCAGAUGAUGAAGAAGUGAACUGUGAACAGAGUGUGUGGGGGGGGGGAUCACUGCUGUCUGAAAUAAACUGCUGACACCAUAAAACUAAACUGAAGAACUGGACGAAUGUCUGUGCUGUUGCUGUAAACGACGGUUAAAGUCGAUGUUUUGAUGUUCUGUGAGACUGAAUGUAUUCUGACUUCACAUCUGCAAAGAGCAAUCACUACCACGUGCACCGCUUUCUGUCAGCACCGACAAUAAAACUGCAUUUGUGAUCCGUG